GGUUAGCGGCGCCUUGUCAGAGGAAGGCUGCGACGUUAAUAAGCUCGAGCUACCCAGGAUGAAACAAAGCCUUCCUCGUGUUGAAGACGGUGUCUGGCUGUGGUGAAGUUGUGAAUAAACCUGUGAUAGUGAUAAUUCCGCUAUGGCCAGGUCAUGAAGGCGUAGCUGUGUGUUAAGGCUUUGUUGUUGUUGUUGUUGUUGACAGAGAGACCAAAGCUAACGGCACAUAAGUUGAGCUUCACAGCUAACCCGUGUCUUUCCUCGGAGCUGCCGGCUACAAGACCUUAGCAUGCCAAAGGAGGCAGACCACCAUGAGGGUGGAGGAGAAAAGGAGUCAAAGGAGGAGAGGACGCAGGAUGCUCCUGAGGAGGCGGUAAGGAAGAGGGUCCGGGCAAAUACUCCGAGCCCACACAGGGGGAACACUCCUCAAGCCAGCCCCCCCAGGUUUGUCUCUGUGGAGGAGCUGAUGGAGACAGCCAAAGGAGUCACCAACAUGGCUCUGGCUCAUGAAAUCAUGGUCAACCAUGCUUUUCAAGUCAAACCUGCGGAGCUUCCUGAAGGGAGUUUGGAGCGCAGAGUUAAGGAGAUUGUGCACAAAGCAUUCUGGGAUUGUUUGGAAGCUCAGUUGAAGGAGGAUCCGCCAACUUAUGGUCAUUCCAUCAAACUGCUGGCUGAGAUUAAAGAGACACUGCUGUCUUUCUUGCUGCCGGGCCACGGCCGUCUGCGCUCCCGUAUUGAGGAAGUUCUGGAUCUGCCUCUAAUCCAGCAGCAGGCGGAGAACGGCGCACUCGACAUCAAUCAGCUGUCCCAGUUCAUCGUAGGGAUGAUGGGCUCGCUGUGCGCCCCCUGCAGAGAUGAGGAUAUCAAUAAGCUAAAGGAGAUCACCGAUAUUGUGCCUCUGCUCAAGGCAAUAUUUUCUGUGCUGGACCUGAUGAAGGUGGACAUGGCGAACUUUGCCCUGACCAGCAUCAGGCCUCAUCUGAUGCAACAAUCGGUUGAGUACGAGAGGAGCAAGUUCCAGGAGUUUCUGGAGAAACAACCCAAUGCCUUAGACUACACUGAGAAGUGGCUUGAGGACACAGUGAGAUGCCUGAGAGAGGCCGGAGGGGAUGGUUCCAGUGCUGCCUCCUCUGACUCUCCCUCACUCCUCCCCGUUAAUGUCCAUAAUCACGCCUAUCUACGCCUGCUGAGAUGGGACCAUGCCUCAGAUCCCUUCCCUGAGACAGUGUUGAUGGAUCAGGUUCGGUUCCAGGAGAUGCAACAGGAGGCCGAGCAAUUAGUUCUUCUCUCCUCUGUGCUACUCAUCAUCUACACUACCACUGGAGAGGCUAUCUCAGGCCUGCCAGGGCUGAUGGAGACUCUGAAAAACACUGUCAACGUCAUGCUUGCAGACAUGCACAUACCGUCUUUUAGUGCACAGGAGGCCUUAGCGACCCUUGGGGAGAAACUGUGUGUUGAGCUGAGUCAGUGUCUAAGCCAACACGGCUACUCUCCAUUCUCAGCUGACCGAAAGAGCACUCUGAAGGGACAAAUAUCAGCAACCAUCCAGCCAGACAACACAGUCCGCAAGCUGAUGGAGUCUCGGGUUCAGAACUACCUCCUGGCUUCCCUGGAGUCCAGUCAACAUAAGACCCCUCCUCCUCUCCCAGGAGGCCUGGCUCCGGUCAGCAGGGAGCUGAAGGAGCUCGCUGUUCGCUUCAGUCGGCUCGUCAACUUCAACAAGCUGGUCUUCUCCCCGUUCUACCAGAAGAUUCUUCAUAAAAUAGUGUCAGCAGGGGAGAGUCCCAGCACAGACACGUAAACACUGACAUGGCAAGUAAGAGUGAUGUGGAGAGUGGUCUGUAGUUUUGCAAUUUCCCCUCACUAGUAACGGUUAAGAUUUAGAGAAACGAGUUGAGGAAGCUGAUCUGUAUUCAGCGGGUAAAGCCAGCCCCCUAGAGUGUGCACCACAAACCACCAUAAUCUAAAAAUGCUGGCUGCCAUCUCAGUUUCAUUAACUCACAGUGUUGCUUCUUUGAUAAAAUCUCAGGCCUCAUAACAAUCCAGCCAUCUUGCAUUAAGUUGUUUUCAGUAUUACUAGCAGGGCUGGGUAUCAUUAAAAUAGCAUGAUAUCCAAGUCAAUACAAUACCCGUGUUUUAGAACCAGUACUAAACUAUACUUAGUGUUCAGGUAACUAUACUGUGCAGAGUAGAAACACAUUUCUUUCUGCAAAAAACAAAAAACAAAAAAAAAAACGGUCAUGUAGUUUAAAAGUAACAAAAUAUGACUUUAAUUCUAAGAAAUUGAAUUAACGUUUAAGUCAGCAAGACAAAGGAUCAAAGCCUUUAUCAGGAUAUUAGUCGUCAUUGGCCAACAGUUCUCAGUGUGAUUCGUCUUCAGUCCUUUAUUAAUGUUCUUAACCUAGACCCAUGGUAGUUGUGUCUUUAAGGGAGCGCAAGAGGUGUGUGAACCUGUCAGGAGUUGCAGGGAGAUAGCGUUCAGGCAGAGACAUGCAGGCACAUUCCAUGCAAGGAGAGAAGCCUGAGGAACACUUGAUGACAAUAAAAUUAUUAAGAGAAAGUUGCACAUUAAUAUGCUUAUUCGUUUACUCAAUGAUAGAAAAGGAGUCCCUAAAGGCAAAAGGUUGGAAGCCACUGGCCUAGAAAACUCACCGAAUCAACAAGACUGCAGGAACUGUACCUGAUCUUUUUAUCUAACCCUGCUAGAAGGGAAUAAUCCUAUAUCCCAAAAAAUGUGCAACUAUUCUUUUAAAAGAUACCAUUUUGACAGAAACUGAAACAUUUGUAUUAUUUAACUUGUACAGGAUGCAAAGUGGAACACACGCAGGUCACGAAAUUACAACCAACCACUUUGACAUUAAUAAAUAAUUAGAUUUUACAGUAAUCCACUUAAACUGAAGUAAUGGAAAAACAAGCCGCAUUAAUGCAAAUAACUGUUUUUUUUUCAUUCGUGUAUUCAUUUAGAUUUGGCAGGGCCAUGGUAUUUAUGAAAAAUGUUCCCUCUUACCUAAGGGCACACAAGUUUACAAAGGAUGUAGUUGAAGUGGAAUAGCAUAUAACCUAGAUCAGGUUUUCCCUGAACAACUCUCCUUGAGCAGAAUGUGCCUCACUAGUAUCUGCUGACAACUCUUACCAGGUAAAACCCCUUUUGGGCUCUCCUACAGUAAAUACUGGCAGAGCUGGGAGUUAUUUCCUAAUUUAAGACAUUGAUAAAUUGGGACAAAUUACUCCGAAGACAGUAGCGCAAAAUAUGCAUCGGUCAUAGAAUUUUUGGCGGAGCGUUUUUCCAUAUUCAGUAACAGCUUUAGGGUCGUGACAGUUUUCAAACUCUGCUAGUGACACAUCCAGCUCACCCAAGUAAAAGAGAAUGAACUAGACAACAGCUGACUGCAUGCUGUCUUUGACACCACAACUGUAAGAUAUACAGUGGAUACAAAGACUUGUUACACCUUUACAUCUUUACUUGAAAUCAAAUCAUUCUUGUUUGGUUUAUCAGAUUUACUUGGAUGAGUACAAUUAUUUGGGUAUGCAUUUCUUCCAGUGUAUUAAACAUGAAAUCAUAUGUUAGAUUUGUAAUUGUGCACAUGGACCAGUAGAUGCUCAGAGGAAGCAUCUUCACCAAGUCUGUUUGGAGUCUCUACCAGCCUAAAUUAAAACUGGAAGAGAAUGUUUUGAACACAGCUUGUUUAUCGAAAUGCAUCGCCUCUGAACCUCUGUACUGGCUCAUAAGGAAUUAAAAGAUCUGAAAAGAAGCAGUGGGCUAGACCAUACUACGGAGCCCCUGGUUUUUGUAUCCACUAUAUGUGACAGUUCUUCUUCCAAGAUAUUUGACAGUAUAUUAGAUACAAGGGAAAAGACCAGGAUAAAUUGAUGUGUACUCAAGGAAAGCCAGACUGGUGUUAUGAACCAACAUGAACUGUUGCUGUCUUUAAUUGUUACUUGGUUUUUGAUAUAUGUUCACUUAUUUAUAACAUUUCUGACGGUUUAUAAGAUGAUAAGAAUAUUUAGUUUUGACAAACACUUUGCUUUGGUUAAUGUUUUACACACUUGAGGUGGUUACCACAGAAUACUUAUAGUAGUUGUAAUGUUUCUUCUCUCCUCCACGCAGACAUUGCCUAUUCCCCAAAUGACUGACACAUGUUCAUUGACUGGUCCCAUCAAUUACACUGAUAUUUGUCUUUGAAUGUUCAUCCAACAUGCCAAUAAAGCAUUGUUUGUCCCACA